CACCCCCGCGGGCAUACACUGUCUUCCCCACCUUGUCCGCACCAGCAGCUACACGGCUACAGGUGUGCUAGCCAGCUUAGCAUGAGGUUCGCGCCGAAUUCGGCAGCCAUGACGGCGUGCUAUGACAGGAAUUCCACGGGCGCAGGCCCGACGCGUUCGCCCGCGCGCUCGACGCCAUUGGCUCGUGCCGUCCUUAUCUAUUCCACCUACAAGAUGGUUUGCGUCGCCGAAAUCUCGACACAUGGCUCUGGCCAGUGGCAGCCCGCAAACCACUCGUCGUCCUGGGGGGACGCCCUGCGCCGGUGACGUUGUAUCUCGUCCCGUCUGUUUGUUUUUCGCUCUGGUCAUGGUUGGGGACGCCGCGAAGGCGGGGUGUGCAUCGGAAGGACACGGCGAGAGAUGCCUUUGCUGUAUACAUAUAAAAUGCUACUCCAUCUUUGCCUGUGUAACCGCCCUCUCUUCCAAUUUCUCUCUCACACUUCUCUCUUCCUCUCCAAUCUCUUGCAAUCCUCCUCUUGCCCCGUCGACAUUGCAGUCGUUCUGACUUGACUAUCCACCUGUUGAUACCCUAUUCUUGCUUCCAAUUCCACCAUCAUUAUGCCUGCUGCGUACGAGCCCGAGUUUGAGCAGGCCAGGAAGGAGCUUGUCUCCACCCUCGAGUCCUCCUCUCUGUUCGAGAAGAACCCAGAAUACAAGAAGGCCCUCGAAGUCGUCGCCAUCCCCGAGCGCAUCAUCCAGUUCCGCGUCGUCUGGGAGGAUGACAAGAACCAAUGCCAGGUCAACAAUGGCUACCGUGUGCAGUUCAAUUCGGCCCUUGGUCCUUACAAGGGCGGUCUCCGCCUACACCCCACCGUCAACCUUUCCAUCCUAAAGUUCUUGGGCUUCGAGCAGAUCUUCAAGAAUGCUCUCACUGGCCUGAACAUGGGUGGUGCCAAGGGAGGUGCCGAUUUCGACCCCAAGGGCAAGUCCGACAAUGAGAUUCGCAAGUUCUGCGUUUCCUUCAUGCGCGAGCUCUCCAAGCACAUUGGCGCCGAUACCGACGUCCCCGCCGGAGACAUUGGUGUGUCUGGUCGUGAGAUCGGUUACCUUUUCGGAGCAUACCGCACCAUUCGAAACCAGUGGGAGGGAGUGCUCACUGGCAAGGGUGGAGCCUGGGGAGGCUCUUUGAUUCGCCCCGAGGCUACUGGAUACGGUCUCGUAUACUACGUUGAGCACAUGAUCAACUACGCCUCGGGAGGCAAGGAGACUUUUGCCGGAAAGAAGGUUGCCAUCUCAGGAUCCGGCAAUGUUGCUCAGUAUGCUGCAUUGAAAGUGAUUGAACUCGGCGCUACCGUCGUCAGUCUUUCAGACAGCAAGGGCGCUCUCAUCGCGACCGAGGGCAAGGGCUUUACGCCUGAAGACAUCAACAAAAUCGCCGCGCUCAAGGUUGAGCGCAAGGCUUUGACCGCUUUUGAGGGCCACUCCUACAACUACAUCGAGGGCGCGCGACCCUGGACCCACGUCGGCAAGGUCGAUGUAGCUCUUCCUUCAGCGACCCAGAACGAAGUCUCCGAAGACGAGGCCAAGGCUCUUAUCGAUGCUGGCGCCAAGUUCAUCGCCGAAGGCUCCAACAUGGGCUGCACACAGGAGGCCAUUGACGUCUUCGAGGCUCACCGCAAAGCCAACGGCGGCAGCGCCAUCUGGUACGCCCCCGGAAAGGCUGCCAACGCCGGUGGAGUAGCUGUUUCUGGUCUCGAGAUGGCACAGAACUCGCAGCGCUUGAGCUGGACCUCCGAGGAGGUGGACGAGAAGCUCAAGGGUAUCAUGAAGCAGUGCUUCGACAACUGCCUGGAGACGGCCAAGGAAUACAUCACUCCUGCCGAGUCUGAAUUCCCCAGCUUGGUUGCCGGUGCCAACGUCGCUGGCUUCAAGAAAGUCGCUGCUGCUAUGCACGACCAAGGUGAUUGGUGGUGA